AUGGAGACAGCAUCUCCUUUUAGAGUCAUCAUAGUCGGAGCUGGCCUGGGGGGCCUAUCAUGCAGCAUCUCCUGUCGACAUCAAGGGUUGAGCGUCUUGGUCCUGGAAAAGGCACCAGCAAUCACCGCCGUUGGUGCUGGCAUUCAAGUUCCCCCCAAUGCAGCCAAGAUAUUGCGAAGCUACGGACUCUUGCCGUUAUUCGAAAAGCCUGCUAUUCAGCUCGAAUGGCAUAACAUGAGGAGGUACCGGGAUGCGCAGCUGCUGGCUUCAAGACCCGUGGGUGAGCAUUUUAUCAAGCAGAUGGGCGCACCGUGGAUGGUCAUCCAUCGACAGGACUACCAUGCUAUAUUGCUCGAAGAAGCAAAAAAGCUUGGGACGGAGAUCAGGCUGGACGCCAACGUGACAGGCCUCGACUUUGACCGAACAGAGGCAACGCUGGCGACCGGGGAGGUGAUAAAGGGCGAUGUUAUCAUUGGAGCUGAUGGGCUCUGGUCAUCCACGCGCGACGCCAUCCUGAGCCACCCCUCGCCACCAGUUGAAACCGGUGACCUGGCGUAUCGGGCGACUUUCUCCCGGCAGCAAUUACUGGAAUUGAAGGAUCCGCGGGUCGAAGACCUGUGUUCCAAAAAGGCCGUGACGUUGUGGAUGGGACCUGAUAGGCAUUGUGUCUUCUAUCCUGUGCGUGGAGGCGCCGAAUUCAACCUUGUGCUUCUUCGACCGGACAAUCUUCCCACUGGUAUCAGAACUGUGAAAGGAGACCUUGACGAAAUGAGAAUGACAUUUGAAGGGUGGGAUGAAAUCCUACUGAAACUGAUCUCAUGCAUUUCCUCGGUGUUGAAGUGGAAGCUUUGUCAUCACCAAGAGCUUGAGAAAUGGACACGAGGUCACAUUGCGUUGCUGGGUGAUGCGUGCCAUCCAACUCUGCCAUAUCAAGCACAAGGGGCAGCAAUGGCGGUGGAGGACGGGGCAGUGCUUGGAUUCCUGCUGGGACAAGUUGCUGGUAAGUUAACCAGUAGUCAGACAGCGCCGGGCUCGGAAGAUCACAUCUCAGCCGUCCUGAAGCUGUAUGAGAAGCUGCGAAAGUCGCGGACCACGAUCAACGUGCUCGGGGCGGUGACCAACAGAAAAUACUUCCACCUUCACGACGGCCCUGAGCAGGAGGAGCGGGACGCGACCCUGGCGAGUAUCGACUGGUACCACUGUCAGACAGAGUGGAAAUGGAUAGAUAGUCGAUAUCAAGAAGACCUGUUGGGUUUUGAUGCACUCAAAGACGCACAGGACGCCUUUGGUGAAUGGUGGACAGAACACGGUACCACCAAGUAG